AUGCCGAGCGAGCAGCACGCGACGGAGCUGCCAGUCGGAGGUGGUGCAGGCGAUGAGAAGCGCAUCGGGGAGGGGGAAGCAGAGCAGGAGCAGCUACGGUUUGACCGGGAUAUGAUGCUCUUAGCCCAGUGCACUACAAACGUAUUGACGGCCCAUUCGCCAAAAAAGAAGUGGGUUUCAAUCCCCUCCCCGGCCCAUUCGCCAUCACUCACCCCGUCCCCCUCCCCCGUGCUGGACGGCGCCGCCGGAGCUUUCUCCUGCCGCCGCGCCAUGUCCACCCCAGCUGCUCGAUCUCGCCCAUCGGAGGACGGACUCAUCAGGUCCUCCUCUUCGCCUCCCAGCGGCAGCGAGACGGCGGCCGAGAGACUCACCGACGACCUCCUCGUCGAGAUCCUCUCGCGCGUGCCCGCCAAGUCGCUCUGCCGCUUCAAGUGCGUCUCCAAGCACUGGCUCGGCCUCACCAACGACCGCAACUACCGCCGGAAGCUCCCCCAGACCCUCACCGGCUUCUACCAGGGGAAUCAAUUGGUGGAUUCAGGUGUUCCUUUCACCAAUGUCUCGGGGAGCCGCCAUCUCACACAUCCCGCCUUCCUGCCCAACCGCCGGCAGGUCAAGAUCAUGGACUGCUGUAACGGCCUCCUUCUCUGCUCCUCAUACGUUGCCGGCGACCAUGGCGACGUGUUCCGGUACAUUGUGUGCAAUCCCGCCACAGAGGAAUGGGCUGAGUUCCCGUACUGCGGCUAUUCCGGCCUGGUGGCUAACGCACGCUUGUGUUUUGAUCCAGCCGUGUCCCCUCAUUUCCAUGUGUUUUUGUUGCCGGUGGUGGAUAUCUGCAUUACCGGAGUGCAUGUCUAUUCAUCUGAAACCGGGAGUUGGGUUCAUAAGGAGAAGAGAUGGAGCGGCACUAUUGAUGUCGCUAAUGAUCGGUCAACUGUUUAUCUUAAUGGUUAUCUGCAUUUCUGCGCCAUUGUUGAUGGUUCUGACGGUCGUCUAGCUGCAGUGGACAAGGAGGGGGGAGCAAGGACUAACUUCCGUGUUCCUGAUGGUCUGGAUGUUGGUUUUAUUCAGCUGUCACAGGGCUGCCUGCAUUAUGCUGGUUUUGACACAGAUGAUGAUAAUGUUGUUCGACUGCUAGUUUAUGUUCUUAAAGACUAUGACCGCAGAGAAUGGAUACUGAAGCAUAGCGUCGAAACUUCGCAUUUGCUUGGAGGGCGGGCGACACAUAGAAUACCUUGAUGAGGACUUUGAUUGGAUUGCAAUUCAUCCAGAAUGUGACUUGAUCUUCUUCGCUGUGGCCCAGGAGGAUAUCACAUUCAUGUGCUAUGAUAUGGAUAGUGGACAAGUUAAAGUGAUGUGCAAUCUUGAAGAUAGCAACCAGGCAUAUUUUCCGUAUGUGCCACUAUAUGAAGAGUUACAAUCGUUGCACAAGUGACGUCUUAUUCGUGCUAUGGAGCAGUGGGCAUGGUAUGUCUGCUUGAAUUUGGUCCUCCUUUCUCUGAUGUGUUUAAGUUUGGAGCAAUGCUGGUUUGUUCUGGGGGCACUGCAGCUGAUUUCUAUCUCGGACUAGUGAUUCAAAGUUUCAGUGCACCUUCUGUUGUGUGUACUUGUUUUGUCUUGGUAUACCAAUGGUUCUGGCCAACGGGAGAUUGUGAUACACUUUGGAUGAUUACAUUAUCACUUCUUUUGCUGCUAUGUUUUUUCUGUCUUUUAAAUAGGUUAUUUUAUUAGUAGAACAUCACAGCCACAAUGAUGCUGUUGAUAGGAAAUGUCAUAAUGUUCAUUCUGCUGUUAGAUAACUUUUGACACAAAAUUCCUUCAGAAGACUAGAAAGACAUCCUCUUUAUUUAUGGGUUUUGUUCGCAUAGGUAGGUUUAGAGAGUUUAAAAUAAG